AUGGCUAUUAAAAAUUCCUCUCCUCACCAGCAUCGAUGGCAACAUUGUUCUUUAUUUAAUUUGGAUGUAUUUGACGAUGAUCGUAAAUCUUCCUCAGCGAUAACAAAUACAGUUAAUACAAAUUGUUCUUCUGUAUCGAAUGUUGACAUAUCUUAUCUGAAAAAGAAAAUAAUUCCAUUACCAAUAGCCACGACCCCACCACCAUCGUUAACAGCAGCUUCAUUACGUAGUAUUGAUAUACAAUCAUUGAAUAACGCUUGUCAACAUACGGAUCCGAUUAAUCAUUCAUGUUCAAUAUCGUUAAAUAAUUAUAAUACAAAACUCGAACAUGUUGUCGAAACAUUGAUUACAAACACAGAUCAUUCUCUAGAUAAUAAUGAUGCUAUAUCAAAAACCCAUUCGAUUAAUAGAAAAUUAAUGCUCGGUUCAACUGCUAUAUUGGAUAACUUUUUGAAAAAUAAUCUAAAAACAAAUAAUAAUGCUGGAAAUAGUGUAGUAGUAGAAAAUUCAACAACACAACGACGUUGGCAUUCAGAGCGUGGUGCAAGACAUCCAAAUUUGCGUGCCAAUCUUCCAUUAACAACAGCUCAAAGACAAGUACUUGAACGUUAUCUAAAUUAUCCAUUACAGAAACCUACUCAUAUUCGUACGCGUCAGCAACCAACAGGAAUGGCAGCCGCAUGCACCGGAACAGCUUUACAAACCGUAACAAAUGCAUCCGGAUAUUGUGGACAAACCAACACAUCGGUUUCUAACCGUCCAUUAUCUUAUUCUUCUCAUACAUCGAUGCAUCGUCCACUUUCUUCGACAUCAUCAGCAGAGUCGCAAAAAACAUCAACGAAUAAUGCAGCAUUUGUACAACGAAAUCGAAAUAGUUUUAUAACCGGUUCGAGAGCGCGCAUGUUACGUGAAAUACAAAAGAAGAAAAAUCAACUUCAUCAACAAGAAAAUAAUCCAUUGAAACGACGAAAAUUGUCAGAUAUCGAUGGGUUAGCAACAAAAUUAUACGGAGAGGAAACAGAUACGGACGAUGAGAAUAUUGAUGAUGAGAUUGAACAGAGUGAGAGUGACAAUGAGGAAGAUCCACUGGAAGAAAGUGAUGAAAGAGAAGACGAAAUUCAAACGGAAUUUCCAACAAAUGGAACUAUUUCAUUGGUUAAUCAAAAACGUAUUAAAACCAUUACUCAAUCGUUAACAUACCCUAUCGGUCGCGAAUUACAGUCUGAAUGUUCAAUUUGUUACGAGAAUAAACUUUUACAGUUGCGAACAUGUUGUGAAUUUCAUGUAUGCAAUUAUUGCAUGAAUGAAUAUAUUGAACAUCAAAUAAGACAAAGAACUGUUAAAAUUCAAUGUCCAAAUAUGCUAUGUCAACAAUACAUACAUCGAGACGAAAUAAUUACAAGAUUACGACCAGAAAUACGAGAGAAAUUUUUUCAUUUUCUUGCAGACGUUAAUCGUGAAAUAAAUGUUAAAACGUGCCCACGAUGUUCAAAUGUUCAUGAAAUAGAUCGCAAUUUAUUCCUUCACAUUCGGAAAGCACCAACAAAAGUACAAUGUGCAGAAUGCAAUCUUAUUUGGUGUUUUCAAUGUCAUGCACCGUGGCAUGACGGUAUUACAUGCAAAGAAUUCCGAAGGGGUGAUCGCAUGUUAAAAACAUGGGCUAAAGAGGUCCACUAUGGUCAACACAAUGCCGUAUCAUGUCCUAGAUGCAAAGUCUACAUUCAACGUACGAAGGGUUGCGAUCAUAUGAGUGAUCAUUAUAGUGAAUUUAGCGUGCUUGGUUGUAAAUAUCGAUUUUAUCCAGAUAAACCCUUUAAACGUCGUCUGAUACGUGGUUCCAUACUUGGUGGAAAAAUAAUCGCUGCACCACUCAUUGUCUGUUUCGCAAUUGCAGCAGCAUGUGUAUUUGCUUCUGUAGCCGUUGUAGCAUUGCCCGUUUAUGGUGGUUUCCUACUUGUCAGGCAAUUAAAACUAAAACGACGAGCAUGUCAUCGUCAAAAGACGUUUAAGGAUCCUGUUUUGAUAAGUUAUAAAGCAUUCAAUGAAAUGUUUCCACAGCUGAUUCCACGAGAGCCAACAAUAGGCGCUCAAACAACAAAUACGACUGCUUGUAACCUAACGAACCCUAUCAGAAUUACUGACACAGCUGAAGUUGUUUCGGUCGAUGAACAAAGAGACAAAAAAACAACAACAGUAGCCGAGAUUAAUAUCGCUCCUAUAGCUCAUAUUGAAGAAUGCGAAAUCGAAGUGCCUCUCAAUUGUGGAACUACAAACGCUUUAACAUCAAAAGUUAAACAACCAUCUAUAUUUGGUUUUAAAAGUUAUUCUGUUUGUAAUUUACAAUCGGAGGUCUCUUAUAACGAGUAUCUUCAUCCAUCAUCAUCAUCAUCAUUUUCUCCUUGUUCACUCAAUUUCCCAAGACUAACACGAAAUUCAAUAGUGCGAAACAGUUCCAAACCACAGUUACCAACAAACUGA